CACUGGUGAUGAGCAUGCUCGAGGUAACUGGGGAUAUUUAGACCAAGUGGCGGCUCUUCGCUGGGUUCAGGAAAAUAUCAUGCAUUUUGGAGGAGAUCCAGGAUCUGUCACUAUCUUUGGAGAAUCUGCAGGAGGAAUCAGUGUUUCUGCUCUUGUCUUAUCUCCCCUGGCCAAGGGCUUGUUCCACAAGGCCAUUUCAGAGAGUGGCACUGCAGCCCUGGGCCUGUUCACUGACCAGCCUAAGGAGGAAGCACAAAAAAUUGCUGCUGUCUCUGGCUGUGAAAAAUCCAGUUCAGCUGCAAUGGUUGAAUGCUUGAGAGGAAAAACUGAAGAAGAAAUACUACAGAUAACACAGAAAAUGGAGGAUAUCUUUUUCAUCAGUACAUGUGUAGAUGGUGUAUUUUUUCCGAAGAGUCCCAGGGAAUUACUCUCUGAAAAAUCAAUCAAUGCUGUCCCAUACAUCGUAGGAGUAAAUAACUGUGAAUUUGGAUGGGGACUUCCUAUGCUGAUGAAAUUUCCGCCUUUUGUGGAUGGUCUGGAUAAAGAUGUUGCACGUCAAAUUUUACAGAGCAAUGCUGGCAACCCAGUCUUCUUUUAUGAAUUCCAACAUCGGCCGAGUUCCGUGGAAGGUUUGGUACCAGAGUUUGUAAAAGCAGAUCAUGGAGCUGAGAUUGCCUUUGUCUUUGGAAAGCCAUUCUUAGCUGGAGGUGCUACAAAAGAAGAAAAUGAACUUAGCAGAACUCUGAUAAGAUACUGGACCAACUUUGCUAAAAAUGGAAAUCCCAACGGGGAGGGCUUGGUCCAUUGGCCUCAGUAUGACCUGGAGGAAAAAUACCUGGGAAUAGACCUGGAGCAAAAGGCAGCAGAGAAACUGAAAGAACACAGA